AUGGCUGGGACGUGGCUGGUGCUUCUCCUGGUUCUCGGGUGUCCAACCCUGCCUACAGAUCCAAUUUCCUCCCCUUUUCCCCCAGAGGUAAACAGUGUCUUACAAAACUCCCAGAGUGGUUUGAUUGCCACACCCUUCCCCUCUUUGGCGCCUCCAGUCACACUGUUGGUGGAUGGGAAGCAGCAGAUGCUGGUGGUCUGUCUGGUUCUCAAUGUUGCACCCCCUGGCCUGGACAGCCCCAUCUGGUUCUCAGCUGGCAAUGGCAGUGAAUUGGAUGCUUUCACUUACGGCCCUUCCCCGGCGGCAGAUGGCACCUGGACUAGCGUGGCCCAGAUCUCCCUGCCCUCUGAGGAGCUGGGGGUCUGGGAGCCCUUGGUCUGCCAUGCAGGGCCUGGGGUAGAGGGCAGCAGCUGGAGCACGCCACCUCUGAAGCUGUCAGGAGAGGCUUCCGCAGCCAGGACCUGCCUCAAGGAACCUCUCAGAGGGUUGCAAGGCCAGGCCCUGCGGCUGGGGUUGCUGCGACUACUGCUCUUCAAACUGCUGCUGUUGGACGUGCUCGUGACCUGCAGCGGGCUCCGCGGCCUGCGUGCGCCCAGAACCGGCCCGGCGCAGAGGCUCCUCCCGGGGCGCCCGGGGCUCCCCACGCUCCCAGCUGCCCGACUGGACUUUGUCACAGAGAUGGAGGGACGUGUGGCCGAGAGCUGCACCCAGCCCGCAACCCAGGAGCGCAAUCCUGGAGGACUGACGUUCGCCACGAAUGGAGCUGGAGCCUGCAAGGUGCUUGGUGAGGCCUCCUCAGUGACAGAGAGUGGGGAACCCAGGGACCUGGAGAAGUAG